AUUUUAAAAAAUAAACGAAAAAUGUUAGAAAACCUGGUUGCUUGGAUUUUAAAUAAUUAUAUUGGCGAAUACUUUUGUUUAAAUACUGAUCAACUUUCUGUUGCUUUUCUUCAAGGUCAAGUUGAUUUGGAAAACGUCCCUCUUCGUACUAGUUCGCUUAGAAAAUUUGACAUUCCUCUGCAAGUAAAACACGGAUUAAUUGGAAAAUUACAACUUCAAGUGCCUCUAACUAGAAUUCGUUCACAGCCAUGGAUUUUAAGAAUACGCGAUUUUUUGGUACUUUUGGGGCCUUAUUCUUCAAAUUAUGAUGUUGAAAUUGUUGAACAAUUUAAGCAACAAAAUCUAGAAAAAAUGCUUGAUGAGUUGGAAAUUGAACAAAAGAAAAAACUCCUUUCACAGCUUGGAAUUAAAUUAAAUGAAAAUGAGGAACAAAAUUCUUGGUGGGGAACAACUUCAUUACUCUCUACUAUUUCUUCUAAUAUACAGGUUUUAGAUAAAUGUGAAAUUUUUAAAUUGAUUUUUAAUUUUCUGAAGAUUCUAGUUGAGAAUGUACAUAUAAAAUAUGAGGCUACUGAUUUUAAUUUUGGAGUUCAAAUUGAUUCUUUAAAUGUGCAAACAACAAAUGCUCAAUGGCGUGUUGGCUUUGUUGAUCCAACAGAUGGGAUUAAUAUUUUCAAAAAAUUUGAUGUCAAAGGUUUCUCAAUUUAUUGGAAUCCUGAAAAUACUUUGAAUGACUCUCCUAUUGUAUUGCCUCUAUCUUUGGACUCGUUGAAAGGAUUCUUUUCUUCUCCAUCAGAAAAUGUUUAUAUUUUACAACCAUUUACAUUAGAAUUGAGAAUGGAAAAAAAUAAUUCACGUUUUCCUUUACGUUCAACUCUAAUACCUCGUUUUAAGUUCAAUAUUCGCUCUCAAAGGAUUGAAUUAGAACUAACCCAAAAACAAAUUGCUCAAAUCCAACAAUUUAUGGAUGAUUGGGCAAUGUUUGAACGUGCCCGUCCACAUCGUAAAUGGCGUCCAAAUACUUCUAUAAUUUCUAGUCCUAAACGCUGGUGGCAAUUUGCAAUAAAUCGCCAAUUGGAACAAAUCCGAAAUAAAAAUAUUUGUCGUGAAUCUAAAGCUUUAUUUGCACGUCUACAACUAGUUAAUACUUAUUGUAAGGCUUAUCGACACAGAUUAAAUUGUUUUUUGACGAGUCAGUUAAAAGGAUCUCAAAAUGUUUCUUCACCUUCCUUUGACGCAAAUAAAUUAACUAUAAAUGCUCCAAAAUAUUCACAUGAAGAAACAACUCUAAUUAAACAAAUUGAACAUGGUGCUGAUUUUAGUUAUACGGAUUUACACAUUCUCCGUGAAGCAGUUUUUCAAAAAAUGUUGUCAGAACUUAAAUUACAUUUUCCUUCUAAUACUAAUGAAAAUUCAAGAACGUCAAGUCCUUUUCAAAUUAUUGAAGCAGAACAGGAAAUAAUAAAAGAAGAAAAUAAUAAUAUUUCAAAAAUUUCUCAUCAGCAACAAACUCAACAAAAUGGAGGAGGUGGUUGGUUAAAUUGGAUGACUAAUUGGUUUGGAUCUGAAGAGAAAAAUAAUGAAAAAGAAAAUGAUUUAAUAUUAAAUGAUUCUGUCUAUUUAAAUAAUUUGUCUACACCAAAAUUAACUAGUCCUAGGAGAGAUCAUGCGCUAAAUCCAGAAUUGGAAGAAAUUGAAAAAAGAAUGGAAACUGAAAUAUUACAGAUGUUAAAUGACACUUUAGACGAUUACAAUAUUUUAAGACGCGAUAAUUUAUUGGCUGAACUUGUUAUUAAUUUUGCACGUGUACAUUUACGUAUAGCAACUGAUAAGGCCUCUAAACAAGAAAAUAAUGAAAAACAACAACAAAAAAUUAAUUUAUUAAUGUUAACUUUUGAUUUGGAUCAACUAAAUGGACGUAUUCAACUUUCACCUAAAGAACAUAGAACUGAAAUGUCAAUAAAUAUAGGGGAUUUAAGUAUUCAACAAAUGCAGCAACAACAACAAUAUAUAAAUAAUUUUGAGGAGAAGAAAAAGGACUCCAAUAAUUCAUCCAAAAAUAAUGACGAUUCACUUUUUUGUGGUUUCCAAGAAGAUAUACUAUCAAAUUCUGAUAUUACAACAAAUUUAUUGUUUACAAUUGGAAGACGAAAUGAAAAUAAAAAAACAAAAAAUAAUUUUUCUUCUAUUGUUGAAUUAUUUUAUAAAAGAUUGGCACCAAAAAUGGAAAUAUAUCAUGAAUUAAAUAUUUGUUGUGCUCCUCUUGCCAUGCUUGCUGAUGAUUGUUUUAUUGCUACAUUACGAGAGAUUGUUGGAAAAGUGGAGGAAAAUAAUAAGGUGGGUGAAAAAGUCAGAAUUUUAUUUAAACACAUGUUUUUACAAAUUCUGAAAAAUCAGAAUUUUAUUUGA